UUUCGCUCAGUUGGAAGAAAAAGACGCAGCCACAUGGACAUGCACAGGCUGAUCUACGAAGUCCAGCAGCGUCCCGCUCUCUGGGACUCCGCUCAUCCGGACCACGCCAACCGGCCGGAGACGCAGCGGCUCUGGAACGCCGUCGCCGAAGCCACCGGGCUCAACGUGGAUGUGUGCCGCAGCAAGUGGAAAAAUCUGCGUUGCAGUUAUCGCCGCCAAAACAGACGCAGUGGUCUCUUGAAGCACCAACAGUCGGCCUCGCCUGGUCACCAGUGGGUAUUUGCGGAGGCCCUGAGUUUUCUGGACGGCCAGCGAUUGCUGAAGGAGGACAGGGACAGCAGCAACAACGAGGAGGAGCCGGAAUUGGAAAGUGCAUUCAAAGCAGAACCCGAGCCCAUGGUGACGACCUUCAAGUCGGAGGAGUCCUCGGCCGCCGAGGAAAUGGAGGCGGACAACGAUGCCCUGAUGCAGGAGUUCCAGAACGCCGCCACUCCGCAGGCGUUGCGCAGACUCUCCCAGAGCAUUUCCCUGGCCAGCGCAGCAGCUGAGGAGCAGGUGGCUCCUUCCGCCUCCUUGGGACUGAAAGUGGGUCCCGGAAUAUCCGUAAAUCCGAAUUUGGCACAAGGAACGGCUUUGGCAGCCGCGGCAGCCAGCAGUUGCCACUGUGCGAAAAGAGUGGACGAGCAGGUGAACUUCUUGGAAAACCUAGAGCGCGAGGAGCAGCAGCUGAUGCAGUCCACCAGCCAGGAUCUGGCCAGGUGCAAGAGUGUCCUGCACGUGGGCGACUCCGACUACAACUUCCUAAUCAGCUUUCUGCCGCUGAUGAAGCAGAUGACGCCCCUUCAGAACAUAUUCUUUAGGGCCAAAAUGAGCGAGCUGCUGCUGCAGACAAUGCAACAGCCGCCGGUGCAACAGCAACUGCAGCAGCAACAGCAACCGCAGCAACUGCAGCAGCAGCAACAGCAACUGCAGCAACAGCAGCCCUCGCAAAUGUUGUUGAACCAACAGCAGAUGGCCUUGGAUCAGGCGCAAGUGAGCACCAGCUCCACGAAUUGGAACUGAAUCAAGGAUUGGAGCUAAACAAGUGGGAUAUAUAUAUAUAUAUAUAUAUAUAUACACUAUGAUGUGUACGAACUGAGAACAGAGAGCGAUAGCGCCACAGUGCGCAAGUCCAGUGCACCGUGGUCGCCUUCCGCUGAGAUUAUUUGAGACUUUUAUCAUUGAAUGUGAAUAAACGAUUUUAUUAAAGUA